CCGGUCGGUCCUUAUUCUUCGUGCUAAAUUAUUAUUCGUGUUAUAAUAUAAAAAUAAAUAAUAAAAUUUAUUCAGAUGGUGACAGUGGAAUUAGAUUGUUAUAAAUGCAUUCUUAUUUAAAUGAACUUCAAACAAUUUAUUAAUUUAGAAACUGUUUGGUAUUAUUGUUGCAAAAACACAAAGUAAAUUUGUGAGUGAUUCUUGUGAUGUGACAAAGUAGGAUGCAGUCAUGAAGUCUGCUAUUUUGUAUCCCUAUGGUUCCUUGCACGGACGCUACUGCUGCGGCCUGCUCCAUGCAAAACACCUUGCCGCCGCCAGUGGCGUUUAUUCCUUGAAUAUCUCUAUCUUGGUAGUGUUGAUUUAUUCAUGGCGAAUUGGAAUCAAUAUCAAUAAAUACAGUGAGCUUGAGGAAGUUUACUAUGGGGUUCAAAUGGCGUAUCUGGCAAUAAUAGUCACGCAACUUUGCAUGGUAAUCCUGAGCAUGAUGCUGCUAUUUGGAAUUUAUAAGGAAAGACCUGCCAUGGUAGUGCCAUGGAUAACGGGUUUCAUUACCUUCAUGGCGUUAGAAGCAGUAUCUAUGGUCUACUCCAACGUCUUGAGGGACCACGUAAAUAAGCAAUUUGAUAGUUUGUGUAAAGCAGAGAUGGCAUUUUUCAUCGCAAGGGCUGUGAUAAAUGCGUUUGCAAUUUGGGCCGUAAUGCGGUUUUAUCACAUGCUGAGGUCAGGAAUCACGUGGAGAGGACCCGAAGUCAUUGAACUUUGAUCCACAAAGGACUUGGACGAUUACAGUCCAAUUAGAAAAUACUCAGACAUUUCAAGAUGCGAAAGCCCCGAAGAACAAGACUCAUUGUUAGUAGCAUACGACAGCUCAUCUGAACACAGUGAUAAUCACAAUAUUUGAUGCCUCCAGAA